UUCGAGUACUUUUCGGUUGGCCAGUCUCAUUUGAAUAGAUUUGAAAUUGAACCUCUUCUAGUUGUUUAUAGGUGGGAGAUAGUAAACAAGGUUAAUUCUGAAGUAGUUCGCCUAUAUAUAAAAUCUCAAUUGUUAUUUCUUAAAAUAAUUGUAAAGUAGUUCGAGAACACAUUUUGAAAAAUCAAGGAAAAUGAAAUUUGCGAUAAUAGGCUUAUGCUUUUUUGUAGCAGCAGUACAAGGUGGAGGUUAUGGGUUAGUUACAUCAGGAAGCUAUUUAGGUAGUGGAUACGGGGGACUUGGUUACGAUAACUACAACAUAGGAAGUUCUGGGUAUGGUGGCUAUUCAGGAUAUGGUGGUUAUACUGGAUACGGAGGAUAUUCAGGAUAUGGUGGUUAUUCCAGACCUGGAUACGGAGGUAGCUACAGUAAUUAUCACAAAACCGGCUAUGGAAGUUAUUAUCCAGGAUAUAGCAGUAAUUAUUAUCCUGGAUACAGUGGUUGGAAUAAUUACAACAGCUAUGAUUAUGAUGGUUACAGGGGAUAUGGCGGAUAUAGUGGCACCAACUUCUUAGGAGGUGGUUACAAACCAUAUAGUGGAUGGUCAUCUAACAAGUAUUAUAAGUGAAAUUUUCGUGAUAUAAAUUGAGUUCAUACAUUCUAUUUUUCAUGAUACAGUUUAAUUUGUAGAAUUAUUUUGUAAAUAAACUUAUAAAUAGAACCAGAAACUGUACUAUUCAGUA